UUCAAGAAUCCGAAUUCGGAGUUUUAUGUUCGUGGACAUGAGUACUUCAAUCCACAAAGUUUGUACUGGACGUUAGUUCGUGCAUUGGCAUUUCUUGCACCGGAUCUGUUCAAUAAACUGAAAAUCAAACGGAUCCAUCCGGACAUAGUCGACUUCUUCUAUAAUCUAGUCACACAAACGGUUAAGUACCGAGAACAAAAUGAUUUUAAGAGGAACGAUUUCUUACAAACACUGAUAGAAUUGAAAAAUGAUGACUCUAUCGAUAAUAAAGGUGAGAAUAAAGUUCAGCGAGGUAUAUUCUCAAUGAAUGAUAUAGCAGCCAACACGAUGUUGUACAUGUUUGCGGGAUAUGAGACGUCAGCGACAGCGGGCCAGCUGGCAGCCUACGAAUUAGCUCUUAACCCCCACGUACAGGAUAAAGCCAGGGAGGAGGUGACACGAGUAUUAGCCAAAUACAACGGACAGUGCACAUACGAAGCACAGAAUGAAAUGACUUAUAUGAACAUGGUGAUAGAUGAAUCAAUGAGGAAAUAUCCACCAAUGAGGUCGCUGUUUCGAAGAUGCACAAAAGAGUAUAGACUGCCCAACAGUGAUGUUGUCAUUGAAGAAGGAACAUUGGUUUUCAUUCCUAUCCAGGCAAUACAAAUGGAUCCCGAUAUAUUCCCGGAACCGGACAAAUUUGAUCCAGAGAGAUUUU